CACCGCUGUUUGAUAGUGGCUCAGCCGUCUGUGCUGACCUGGCCGGAGUAUCUUCCUCAUAACAACUUUCGCUGUAUUCCCUCACUCUCUGUCGCCCGCACUUCUAAUUCAACGCCUUCAUCCACCGUAUCUGCUCAUUAUCGCCUUCUAUCCCUGCUCAUACCAUGUCCACCUACUCUUCCGCUGUUGGAUCUGUGGUCGCAAACAAGGAGGAGCGCCGCCGACGGUCCUCCAGUAUUAUUUCCCACGUUCAACCAGAGACUAUCGAAGAACAGAUCGACCAGGCUGCUCUGCCUAACCUCAACGCCAACUGGGUCCAUAACAAAGGCGCUUGGAUCAUUCACUUUGUGCUGAUCGCCGGCCUCAAGAUUUUCUACGACCUCCUCCCAGGCGUCUCGCAAGAGUUAAGUUGGACGCUCACGAAUAUCUCAUAUGUUGUCGGUUCAUACAUAAUGUUUCACUACGUUACCGGAAUACCGUUCGAGUUCAACGGCGGCGCUUACGACAACCUCAACAUGUGGGAGCAAAUUGACGAUGGCGACCAGUACACUCCGACCAAAAAAUUCCUGCUCGGAGUUCCCAUCGGACUAUUUCUGGUUUCCACUCACUACACUCACUACGAUCUCGGAAUGUUUGUGCUGAAUUGUAUCGCCUGCCUCUGCGUCGUGAUUCCAAAGCUGCCUAGUAGCCAUCGCAUGCGACUGACAGUUCCCGAGGUCCUCUCGUCAACCAGGGAGUCGUAGCCCAUCUACCUCCGGACCUUCUCACUCGCUUUUACAUUUAUUCCUUAUCGAUUUCCAGUUUUUGUUUUAUCCUUGAUUGUCUUUUUUGCGCGCACAUAUCUCAGUAACUCUCCUUGAUGUCCUGAUCUGAUAGGACGCUUGGAUCGAAGUUUUCAGCACCUUGUCAGACCCUUCUACUUUAAUGUUUAUUCCGUGAACUUUACAACAGUCUCUCUUUACAUUUCCUACGCAAAAUGCAACUGAUAACAGCGACGCACGUGCUACGAUCGCUGCUAAUAAGGCAGUUGCAGCCCACCACUCAUUUCAGUGAUUGUCAGAUUAUUUCUGAAUACUCAAUCAAUUUUUGUGUCGUGUGGUGAUUUAUGAAAGCAAAAUUUGUGGAUGCAAUAACGGGCCAGCAACCAAGCGACUCCA